UGGCGUGUCACCACCGGUACGAUGAAACGCAAUUAACUUUGAUUCCAUGCUUCCCCAACUCCACGCACAGGUUCUUCAUCAGACCCACCACCGCAUGCUUCGACGCCGUGUAUGGGUGCGGCAAACCCACAUGAGUUGCUGAAACAACGCUAGCAGUGAACACAAUGCUCCCUCUCUUUCUCGGAACCAUUAUCUUAGCAGCGUGUUUCGUGGCGUAAAAAUAACUGAACACGUUCACCUUAAAAACGCUCUUGAACUCACCCGGAUCAAGGGCCAUGAUGGAAGGGUCAUAACUGCUGUCGAUGCCCGCGUUACUAAACAGGAUGUCAAAGAUGAGGGAUUCGUCGUCGGAGAAGAUAACCGUUUACAAUUCAUAAAUGACCUUGCUUCAUCGAAGAAGAUGAGGGAUUCGUCUUGGGAGAGGAUGAGAGUUUAGGCUUCAGAAACGACACUCCAUUUUCACAAAUCAUUGUGCUUUGUUCACGGAUAUUCUGUCCCUUGUGAAAUUUCCCAAUUGCCCCUUGACCGUUUGAGUAUGACUCAGCUUAUUAUAGUCACGUGUCAAUUUGUGAUUUGUUAGCAUGAGAUGGGCACCAAAACCCCCUCAUAUAAACUGGCACCGUUAACGGGACACUAGCACAAUCUCUUGAAAGUUAAAAGUGCUUGUGAAUUGUUGAUGUCUCGGGGUUCCAGCGCGGCGGUGGUGUGAGCAAAGAUAGCAUUAGCAUGUUUGUACGCUGUUUUCCAGUAACCUCGAAGCUAUUGCUGUCACUACUCACUAGUACCCGCCUGUUGUCUUGUACUAGUAAUACAAGCGCAACAAUCCCAAUCACUCCUACAACUUUGAAACAGUGCAAUUCUUUCCCCCACGCGAAACUGUUGCAUCAGCAAAGCAUCGUUCAAGGUGUUGUCCAGUUGGUGGUGACCAACCUUAUUGGCACAUACAUAGCCUGCAAUUCUGCUCCGAACGCCAUUUUGCUUGUGGAGCGCCUCACGCCGUCACUAUCCUCCGUUUUCUGGUGGAAUAAACUCAUAAGGCGCGCCCUUCAUAUUGGAAUCCCUCGUGACGUGUUCUCUCUCUACCGUCGCAUGAAAUCACUCGGCUGGACCCCUGACCACUACACCUUCCCUUUUGUUUUCAAAGCUUGCGCCGAAUUCCCUUCUCUCUCCCUCGGUGCUUCGCUCCAUGCUACCGUUUGUCGCUCCGGCUUUGUCUCCAAUGUAUUCGUUUGUAAUGCCGUUGUUGCUAUGUACGGCAAAUGUGGUGCACUCCAUCAUGCACACAACAUGUUCGAUGAUUUGUGUCAGCGAGGCAUUCAGGACUUGGUUUCUUGGAAUUCUAUUGUGUCUGCUUAUAUGUGUGCUUUCGAUGCAAAUACUGCACUCGCGUUGUUUAGUAAAAUGACUACACUUCAUCGGAUAUCCCCGGACGUUAUCAGCCUAGUUAACAUACUUCCAGCUUGUGCUUCCCUGGCUGCCUCGUUGCGCGGCAAACAGGUUCACGGGUUUGCUAUUAGAAGCGGAUUGGUGGAUGAUGUUUUCGUAGGGAACGCUGUGGUUGAUAUGUAUGCCAAGUGUGGCAGGAUGGAGGAAGCAAAUAAGGUUUUCCAGAGGAUGAAGUUUAAAGAUGUUGUUUCUUGGAAUGCCAUGGUCACCGGCUAUUCUCAAGCAGGAAGAUUAGAGCAUGCUCUUUCUUUGUUCGAGAAGAUGCGCGAGGAAAACAUCGAAUUAGAUGUUGUGACGUGGACUGCUGUUAUCACAGGGUAUGCGCAGAGAGGGCAAGGUUGUGAAGCUUUGGAUGUGUUUAGGCAGAUGUUGAACUCUGGUUCUCGUCCAAAUGUAGUUACUCUCGUGUCCUUGCUUUCAGCUUGUGCGUCUGUUGGAGCAUUGCUUCAUGGGAAAGAAACUCAUUGUUAUGCCAUCAAAUUUAUUCUUAACUUAGAUGGACAAGAUCCUGGGGAUGAUGAUUUGAAGGUGAUUAAUGGUCUAAUUGACAUGUAUGCUAAAUGCCAAAGUACAGAAAUUGCUAGAAAAAUGUUUGAUUCAGUAUCCACAAAAGAUAGGGACGUGGUUACCUGGACUGUGAUGAUUGGCGGGUAUGCCCAGCACGGUGAUGCCAAUCAUGCCCUACAACUUUUCUCUGAGAUGUUUCAAACGGAUAAGUCUAUCAAGCCUAAUGAUUUUACUUUAUCAUGUACCCUUGUGGCCUGUGCUCGUUUAGCAGCAUUGAGGUUUGGCAGGCAAAUUCAUGCUUAUGUGUUGCGCAAUUGCUAUGAUUCUGUUAUGCUAUUUGUGGCUAAUUGUCUUAUAGACAUGUAUUCCAAAUCUGGAGAUGUCGACACCGGUCAAAUUGUUUUUGACAACAUGCCACAGAGAAAUGCAGUCUCUUGGACGUCUUUAAUGACUGGAUAUGGCAUGCAUGGACGCGGUGAAGAUGCUCUUCGGGUUUUUGGUGAAAUGAGGGAAGUGCCUCUAGUGCCUGAUAGCAUAACCUUCCUUGUUUUGCUUUAUGCUUGUAGUCAUUCGGGAAUGGUGGAUCAUGGAAUCGACCUCUUUAAUAGAAUGAGCAAGGAUUUUGGGGUAGAUCCUGGACCAGAGCAUUAUGCUUGCAUGGUUGAUCUCUGGGGUCGUGCUGGUUGUUUAGGUGAAGCUAUGAAGCUCAUUAAUGAAAUGCCUAUGGAACCAACCCCAGUAGUGUGGGUUGCCUUGCUUAGUGCUUGUCGGCUACAUUCAAAUAUAGAACUUGGGGAAUUUGCUGCAAACCGUUUGUUAGAAUUGGAAUCCGGGAAUGAUGGGUCAUACACAUUGCUUUCAAACCUAUAUGCUAAUGCUAGACGCUGGAAAGACGUGGCUAGGAUUAGAUAUAUGAUGAAACGUUCUGGAAUCAAGAAAAGACCUGGUUGCAGCUGGGUCCAAGGAAGGAAAGGCGUUGCAACCUUUUUCGUGGGAGACAGAUCUCAUUCACAAUCUCAGCUGAUAAAUGAAACACUCGCAGACUUGAUUCAACGCAUUAAAGCCAUUGGGUAUGUUCCUCAGACAAGCUUUGCUCUUCAUGAUGUAGAUGAUGAAGAAAAGGGUGACCUGCUUUUUGAACACAGUGAGAAGUUGGCUCUUGCCUAUGGCAUCCUAACAUUACCUCCAGGUGCACCUAUUCGAAUAACCAAGAAUUUACGCAUCUGUGGUGAUUGCCACAGUGCCAUAUCUUACAUUUCCAAGAUUAUUGAACAUGAGAUCAUACUAAGAGAUUCAAGUCGCUUCCAUCAUUUCAAAAACGGAUCCUGCUCAUGCAAAGGGUACUGGUGACAACAAAAUCAACCGAUUCCAUUUAAUUUGACAUGUUUGCUAUGAGAGAGGUAAGGUAAUUAUCUUAUUCUACUACACUCAUUAGAAAAGUGAAGUUAUCUUUAUCGAUAGAAGGAACUACGGAUGGUCAGAAUUAACUGAGUUGAACUGGCAGAUAACUGAACUAAUUAAAUUGAAAAAAAUUGAACUGUUUAGGAUAAAAAUUGAAUUGAACUAUUUUAUAGCUCAGUUUUAAAAA